GUGCAGUGGCGCCACCUGCGGCGUUUUCGCGAAUUUGUGCAUCUUGACAGGUCAAUUGUCAUUAUAUAAUCUUCGAGCAUUUUAGAGAAAUUUCAAAAUGUCCGGGGCUGUAAGCAAAGCUAACAAACCUCAAAUGAGGGGUCUUCUCCAAAGCCAAAUCAAGAGGAACCUCGUGUUCGCCAUAGGGCUCUGUACUGCAGCCGCUGUUCUUCAAAAGGUGUUCUACAAUGAUGGACGUAAAAGGGCCUACAGCGAAUUCUACAAGACCUACGAUAUUGAAAAGGCAUUCAACCAGAUCAGAAACAAAGGCUUGUUUGACUCCUGCGAACCAGACAAAUAAGCUGUCUUUAUGCUUAGGUACCUAGUAGCUAAUUACUGUCUAUAGUUUAUUAAAAUUAUUGUAAAAUUAUGUUGGUUUGUGAUGUAAUUUUAAAUUAUACAUACACCUAAUUUGA